UUCACAACCUUCUGCCAAGUCAUCCAGACACACACACACACACACACACACACCCCUCCACUCUGAGACGACUGCUCCAGGUCUGCCUUUUAUCCUCAUCCUCUGCCCGAAACAAAAUCUGAGAUGUCGGACUCAGUGAAAGAUAAACCGGCAAACCCUGAAAACCCCCUCAGGUCGGACAAGAUCCACGGUAUCCUCAGAAGCGUCUCGGAGAGCAGAGCGUUCACCGUCAGAGGAGACUGCACCGUCACACAGCUGAAACUGUGUCUGUCAGAGCGGCUGCGUGUCCCAGCAGAGCAGCUGGUGCUGAUCCACUCCGGACGGGUUCUCAGGGAGCCAGAACUCAUGAGUCACCUUAAAGAACAGGAAGGAUCGAUCAGCCUCUGCAUGAUUAGGAGGUAUGAAGCAAGGCCUGAACCUCCAUCUGCUCGGACCUCCAGUGAUCCAGUUUCAGAACCUGUUGAGUCAGAGCUAAAAUCUGGUCCUGACCCAGAGCCCAACCAAACACCAGCUCCCACCUCACCACUCUGCUCAGCUGAGCGUUUGGACAGUCUUAGCUCAGAAAACAGCCGAUCAAGCUUUCUUAAUGCCCUCUGGAGCCAAGUGGAGAGCCAGUUACCGAGUGACCCAGAACUGAUGCAUUGUGCUCUGGUCAGCCCACUGGUGCAAAACGCCCUCUGCACCUCCAGCCCUCAGCUAACAGGACAACACUCUCUGUCUAAUCCUCAAAUUCAGCAGCUCCUGACAACAAACCCUGAGGUGGAGGACAUGUUGAACAACCCAGAUGCCAUAGAGCAGGUGCUGGGACUCAUCAGGGAGCCUGAAAUGACAGAAGAGAUGAUACAAAAAGAAGACAGAGCUUUGGAAAACGUGUCCGUGGUGCAGGAUGUCCCUGCAAACGCUCCUCUGCAUGUCCUCCAGACAAAUGAUGCAAAAAUGCAGCAACAGGAUCUUAAACAGACUCAGGAAGCAAUGUUUCCAUUAUUCACUACAUCAUAUGAGAGUCACCAGGGACCAGGAGUACAGACCAGCCCAACAUCACCUCCGUCCACUGACUCCACAGAUUCCCUCAGAGACCUGACUGCUUCUCCCAGAACCGGUUCUCUUAAUCCAGGUCUGCAGACGCUCCUGCAGGAGAUCUCAGCCAGUCCGGGUCUGAUGGAGACUCUCCUCUCUGGGCCGCACAUCAACUGUGUUCUGAACUGCCUCAGCCAGAACCCGGACUUUGCCGCACAGAUGCUGCUGAGCCAUCCCUUGUUCUCAGGAAAUGUUCAGCUGCAGGAACAGAUGAGGCAGCACAUUCCUCUAUUUUUGCAGCAGACGCAAAGUGGAGAGCUGCUGUCCAUGAUGCUGAACCCCAGAGCCAUGGAGGCUUUGCUGCAUAUCCAACAGGGGCUGCAGACUCUGGCUGUAGAGGCUCCCUCCCUCAUGCCUGUUGCUGGACCUGGAACCAGUACUGGGACUGGUCUUACUGGUUCUCCUCAGCACCCAUCUGAUCCUAACCUGAACAACCAGACUGGCUGCCAUCCUCAGGACGACCCACUGACAGAGCAGCAGCAGUUUGUACAUCAGAUGCUAAAGGCACUGGCUAACACCAACAAUGAGGUCCAUCACGAGGAAGAGGAGGAUUUUCAGGAGGAGCUGCAGCAGCUGAACUCAAUGGGCUUCAGAGACAGAAAGGCAAACCUUCAGGCCCUCAGCAGCUCAGGAGGCGACCUCUCCUCUGCUCUACACCUGCUCAGUCCUUAACAAUUAACUAUCAGUUAUUAACAAGUGAAUUACAAAGAUAAAAUAAGUAAUUGUAAGCCAUAUUUAUACACAAGGUGUUAUCUAAUAUCUAUGUAGUGAUAUAUCACUGGUAGAAAUACACCAACACAACCGAGUAACAGUGCAGAUGUAGAUUGUAGGCGCUGACAAAACAGAACUCACAGGAGAAAAUAACACCUAUAUUUAAUUGAAUUGUGGCAGGGAUCUACACCACAUAUUCAUAUUUUAGUAAAAAAUCUGAGUAUUUGAAAGGAACCAGAUGAAUUAUUUAACAGAAAAAUAGGAGUUUGUAGUGGAGAAAUAAAAUAGCUUUCAUUUUAUCUGCUCUGCUACUUCAGUUCUACUCUACAUGCAGUAGAUUCAUAGCAUCUACAUCAAUAUUUAAAAGCAGGUGAUUUAUUAUGAAUGUGUGGCACACGGAGAUGCCUCUUUGCUUUGUUACCUCCUGCUCACCAUCGCACACCCAGGCAGAUGUCCUGUAAGUUCACACAUGCUAUUUUUAUUUAAAUAGAAACAAAGAUAUUUAAUUUCACUUAAUAAAGAUGAACAUAGUUUUCCUCAUUAGGCAAACAGCAAACUUGUUUUCUAACUGAGAGAAAAGUAAGGACACCAUAACAGUCUCACCUGUUUUAGCUGUAAUAACUCCUGUGAGAUUCUUCUUUUAGAAAAUUUACUCCACUUUUGACUUUGAGAGAUUUCUUUGAGCAUCUUGUGCUCCACUCUCAGGGCCAACCUGUUUGUAUGGCCAGUCCUGAACAUGUUACAGGUUCAUUUUAAUGUCCUGCACUUUCUGACCAUCUUCUACUCCCUGAAGUGGCUAAUUUCUAAUUAUUUUGAGACUUUUAAAAAAUCUCUUUGCAGACUCACAAGCUGAUGAGUAAUGAUCUCUUGUGUGCACAUGAUGUGGAAGGGAAAAAUCAACUUUUUUCAAAUAUAAUUCUUCUCAAAAUAACUACCUGCUGAGUAGAACCCAACAUAAUGUUAUACAGUAGAUAUGACACUUGAAUCCAAUUUUGUGAACCCAUUUUAUUUUGAAGACAAACUUAUUGUAGUGCAUUAAAUAUUAUAUGUCACUGUGAGAUAUUAUAGUUGUUUUUUGCUGGGUUUUUUUUGUCUAAUUAGCAUCAUCAAACAUUACCAGCUUUAUUCUCUCAUCCCCUUCACUGAAAUUUUAAAGAACUGAAGAUGAAACAUACUUGUAUUUGUUGCAGUACUGUUAGUAUUAUUUAACCAAUAUCAACUCAAGGGGUUUUUUUUCUCCAGAAUAACAUCUCUGCCUUAUUUCCAAAAAGAGAGAUGUAUUUUGCUGUUUUAUGGUUGAUUUUAAUGUUUUAAUCAGUCACACAAAACCAAACAGGUUAAUGUAUUAUGAUAGCUCUGUGACUUUGUUUCAGGUGUUUUCAUGCUCUCAAAAUACCUGCAGUAACUUUUGUGUCUGGCUUCCGAAAAGGCUCCAGAAAUUAUCUACUUUAGAUGAGGUUGUAAUCUCUACAGAUAGGAAAACCUUCUUUCUAACUUUAAACAGUAGAGGGCAGCUUUGUUUGCCUUUUUGUUGUUGUUGUUUGUUUUUUUUGGCACUACAGGUUAAUUAAUAUCUUCAUAUUUAUCUGCAACGCUUGACUUAGAAAUCAUUAACUUUACAGUUUAAAUGGUUAAAUAAACAAAAAAAAUAACAUUUUAAUGCCACCUUUAGAAGCAACCUUAUUUUGUUUAACAAUAAAAGUUGUUGUCUACCUAAAGUGUAUCCUAAAUGUGCAAGAGUCACUCUGAGAUCUUCAGCUUCCUG